UCUUAUUAAAUGUCAGGAUUCAACAUGGACAGUCGGCAACUGGAAAGCAGUUCCAGUGAGUCAGAGCUCGAUCUGCAUGAUGUAGAAGAAAAGAUAAGAGACAUAUUGCCAAACAUCAAGCGCCGUCGUCUUGCAUCAUUCCUUGAGUAUCUUCAGAAAAUGGGUGUCGAGUCUGUAAAUGACCUAGUCUACAUUAAUGAGAGGGAUAUUUCUCAGACCCUCACACCGAUUGAAGCAAGAAGGCUGCUAGACCAUUUGAAUUGUAGGCCCCCUGUUGAAAGUGGCUCCCAAAAUCGUCCCGUCAAAGCAACACUCGAACUUGAUGAUUCAUCAUCCUCAAGAAGUUCAUCAUCAUCAGCAACUGAUGAGAGUAGCCAAUCCAGUGUGGAAAUUGCUGUGGGAAACCCAUUCCCAUCAAGGUCAUCUGCUGAAACAGGUAGCACCCGUGUUCCAUGGCAGAAGAUGCCCAGACUGCUGAUGGCAGCAUUAGAGGCAAAGAGAAGACCAGCGCCAAGUCUUCGCAAAGAGAUGAUACGCAUCAUUGUAGAUGAUCUGGAUAAACCAUCUACAUCACUUCCCCGCACAAAGGUGCUGCGCGCAUUAAGUUCCGAAAUUGUUCAGAGGUUUCCGGAUUCUUUCAUUGAUGAACUUGGUGGGGAGAAAGUUGGAUCUGGUUAUGACAGCCUGCUCUCACAGUUGGUUAACAGAGUCGACAACAUAAGUCGUCCUUCAAUGAAACGGGGAAGAUUCUCUUCUGGGGAUGAAAUAUCUAGUGGCCCGGCAAAGAAAAAGCGGGAUUCCUAUGGUUGCAUAAAUUGGCAGCCUAUAUCACUUCCAAAGGGAGAAACAGUGGCAAGUCAAGUAUUGCUUAAAGACGAGCUGAAGGCUCUCCACGCAUCUGAGCCUCACACGGAUAAGACCCAAAUCAUGGAAAAGAUGUCAACAACAUAUGCAACACAGAGAGCAAUGCUGAACAAAGCCAACUGUGCUCUUCUUGAUGUAAUUGAGGACUGGCCAUAUCUCUUUGAUGAGAAGUUUAUGCUAAUGCACUUCAAGGAGCUAGUUGGUACUGACAUCAUGCACAAGGUGCAAGAAAGCUUCAAGGACAAAAUUCCCAAGAUUCUGCGCUUCCUUAAGCAGCACUCUUCAUGUCUGCGAAACAAACAACUCCAGGAUACACUCCAGCAACUAGAGGCAGCUGUUGAUGUAGUGGGCAACAAGUCACCACAAGUGAUUGGCUUAAUCACUGUUUUGUGUGCCUACUUUGGUGAGGACAGGGGAUGCCACAUCCUUUCUACGGAGGAACUUGAGAAACCUGUUUUCAACAAAGAGGACCUACCCGGAAAUCCCUGUCUGCUUGUCAAUGGGAAGCUACUAGAGGCCAACAAAUGGUCACUUGCUAUUGGACAGCUGACAGUCGCUGAUGUGGACAACCCCAUUACCGCACUCUGCAUGCUUUUCGGCAGUUACUACAUCUUCAACCUACAGUAUCCGGCUACCUCAGCGGGAGUAAUGGAGUUUAUUCAAAGAUGCUUGGUGGGAAUCAAUCCACAGGAAGGAACUAAGGGAGGACAGAAGAAGACAGCGGUACAUGCAGGUCUCUUGAAGCUCACUAAUGCACUGAAGUCCUUUGAGUGGAAUGUGUAAACUCCUACAAUGAUAGAGACACGCCACAAAUCAAGAUGCCACAAAUCAAGAUGCCGUGGAUUAGGGGCUAACACUUAAUGAUAAAUAUUCAAAAAUCGCUAAAAAGAAAUUAUGAAUGGUGCACAUUGUUGGAACGAAAACUGGAAUAAUCCAUAAUUUUGAAAGCAAAUUGUCUGUUCUCGAGGGAUUAUCCGGUUGGGAACCGACUGACAUUUUGCACUGAUUAACUGCGGUAUAGAAAACCUUUUUCCUGUUCUUGCACUUCUGUGUAAAUGAGGUGUUUGUUAUUGACAUUGCCAAAAAGGUGGAAUUAUGCUCUGAAGAAUAAAAUCAGGUUUUAAACACAGCAAUUUCUAAUCGAAAGAAAGUUACAAGAUUGAAACAAUGAGGAAAGUAAAUCUCAAGAAUACAGAAGGAAAAAGGAAGUUGAACAAAGGAAGUAAGUUCAACGUCCUUUUCCCUUAUAUAUUCUUGAGACUUACUCAUGUUGAACCUUUCAAAAUUAAUCUGCCAGUAAACAAAUUUGUUACAGGAUUUGCAAAUGUUUGUUUUGUAAAUUACUAUUCAAUGAUGUUAGACCCUGAUUAGAUGGUCAAGAUGAAAAUCGAAAGCUUUUGAAGACUUUUGGUGGUAAUAUGUUGAACCUUUAUAAGUUUGUGUUAGUGCUAUAUUAUGGUGAAUUUUCAUGAAAAGUAUAUUUCUUAGAGUUCUUUUCUUGAUAAAUUACCUCCACAAAACA